CGUACCACGAAACUAGUAACUAUGUGCCAAACCCACACGUACUCAAUUGCUUCCCAACAUUGAUUUCCUCACUUUCCCUCUAUAAAUUUCUCCAUUCAUUCUCUCCAUUCUCCACAUUCAACUUCUGUCUAUUAAUUCUUCCGUUCAUUCUAUUCAUUCUCCACAUUCUCUAGCUCAUUCUCCACAUUAUACAUUCUGUCUAUAAUAAUAUAUAACAAUAGUAAUCACUAAACCAUGGUUACUAAAUUCCUCAUAUUCUUCUUUCUUUCCAUCAUUGCCCUCACCUCUGUCACUGCCGAAGAUGGCACAGGUUUCGUGGGCUCACCAAACCGUAAGUUCCUGGGCCUGAAAACCAAAGAAAAACUCAGCCAUUUCAGGUUCUAUUGGCAUGACAUAUUGACCGGAAGCAACCCCUCCGCUAUUCAAAUCAUUCCCUCAGUUCCAAAAUACAACACAACCACUUCGUUUGGUUUGGUAAGAAUCUUAGACAACCCUUUAACCUUGGGACCGGAGUUGAGCUCGAAGCAAGUGGGGAGGGCCGAAGGGCUCUACGCGUCGGCGUCGCGGUCGGAGCUUAGCCUUCUGAUGGUCAUGAACUUCGCCCUAACCGAAGGAAAGUACAAUGGCAGCACCAUCACCAUUAUGGGAAGGAAUAGGGCUCUCAGCAAGGUUAGCAGGGAGAUGCCUGUGAUUGGUGGUAGUGGGAUUUUCCGGUUUGCUAGGGGAUAUGCCCUGGUCAAGACUCAUUCUUCUGAUCCUAAGACCAUGCAAGCUACGGUUGAGUACAACGUUUAUGUUCUUCAUUAUUGAUAUGCUUUUUACGGUUUUAAAUUGGGAGGGACAAUGGUCGGGGUUAUGGUUGUAAUGUGUUAUUACUAUAUAAAGAAGUUCUUUAAUUAGUUACUAUAUAUGUAAUUCAAACAAAGAAAAGUGUUUUAUUGGCAAUAUUUAUAAUAAA